GCUUGGACGGCAGCCGGGUUUAAGCCAGGGGUAGAGAGAGGCCGAAGGCAGGCAUGGGAGCCACCAUGUUGGUCAUCCCCCCCGGACUGAGCGAGGAGGAGGAGGCCCUACAGAAGAAAUUCAGCAAACUCAAGAAAAAGAAAAAGGCCUUGAUGGCGCUGAAGAAGCAAAGCAGCAGCAGCUCAGCCAGCCAGGGCGGCGUCAAGCGCUCCCUGUCCGAGCAGCCGGUGGUCGAUACCGCCACGGCCACCGAGCAGGCAAAGCAGCUGGUGAAGUCGGGGGCCAUCAGUGCCAUCAGGGCCGAGACCAAGAACUCGGGCUUCAAACGUUCUCGGACGCUGGAGGGGAAGUUGAAGGACCCUGAGAAGGGGCCGGCCCCCACCUUCCAGCCGUUCCAGAGGAGUGUGUCUGCGGAUGACGACCCACAGGAGACACCCCGACGUCCUCAGAGGAAAUCUCUGUACGAGAGCUUUGUGUCGUCCAGUGACCGGCUGUGGGAGCUGGCGCCGGAUGGGGAGGAGCCCGAGGGCCCAGGGGCUGGUGACGGCCCCCCUCGGAGCUUUGACUGGGGCUAUGAAGAACGGGGUGGUGCCCGCUCGUCCACCUCCCCGCCCCGGAGUCACAGCCGGGACCGCAGUCGGGAGCGGAACCGGGACCGGGACCGAGAACGGGAUCGAGACCGAGAGCGCGAUCGCGAUCGAGAGCGGGACCGAGACCGGGACCGGGACCGAGAGGGCCCUUUCCGCAGGUCGGACUCGUUCCCCGAGUGCCGGGCCCCUCGAAAGGGGAAUACCCUGUACGUGUACGGAGAAGACAUGACGCCCACCCUCCUCCACGGGGCCUUCUCACCCUUCGGAAACAUCAUCGACCUCUCCAUGGACCCACCCAGAAACUGUGCCUUCAUCACCUACGAAAAGAUGGAGUCCGCCGACGAGGCCGUGGCUGAGCUUAAUGGGACCCAGGUGCAGUCCGUCCAGCUCAAAGUCAACAUCGCCCGCAAGCAGCCCAUGCUGGACGCCGCCACGGGCAAGUCUGUUUGGGGCUCCCUCGCUGUCCAUAACAGCCCUAAGGGUUGCCACCGGGACAAGAGGACCCAGAUCACCUACAACGAUGACGUCUACGAGGGGAGCCUCGACGAUGACUUCUAGGGAUGGAUUCCUUGUGCCUCAAAUGCCCCGAUGCCGGUCUCAGUAAACACUGAGGUGGAAGCUC